AUGUCGGCCAAUGCGGUUUCGCUGUAUCUUGACCCCCAGAUACGGGACUGGGUCCUGUUCCCAAUUACCCUGGUCAUGAUAUUAGUGGGCUUCCUCAGGCAUUAUGUCGUAGUAUUGCUCCAAUCACCGCCGAAAAAGCUUCCACGGGCGGCCAUACGCGAGCAACGGGCAUUGGCGCGCGCACAAAUACUCCGAGCGACUGCGGUACACUCACCCAUCCCACCACAAACAUACACAUCUAUAUCCAACUAUCUCUCCGAUGCGUUCGCGACUGGGGCCUACCUCAAAGACGGACCGCCUAAAGGCGACGGCCCAUCCACUGCCCCAAACCCUAUGACCGACCCUGCAGCUAUGGACGGCAUGAUGGCAGGCAUGAAGACGCAGAUGGUCAUGAUGGUCCCCCAGAUGAUCAUCAUGGAACAAACAGUCAAACUCCCUUUCCCCCUGACUCUGGGAUUUAAAUCCAUGCUACAGCGCGGCAUCGAGACGCCUGAUAUGGACGUGCGAUGGGUGUCGUCCUUGUCGUGGUACUUCCUCAACUUCUUCGGCUUGAAUGGCCUGUACCGACUGGUCCUCGGUAAUGAUAACUCGGCCGACUCUUCACAGAGCAUGACAGCAUCACCCUUCGCUGGAGGUGCCACCGCAGCGGGUCCGCAAGACUAUGCUAAGCUGUUUAAAACAGAGAAGGAUAACCUUGAAUUCUCGGAAGGACUGUAUAACUGGGUGGGCAAGGACGUAGAAGAUAGAGUUCUCCGUAAAUACGGCAAGCUUGCCCCGGCCUACUAA